UUAAAUAUAGACAAGAAUUACUGGAAAAGCGUUUGAUGGAGAAGAAAGAAGUGGCCCUUCGGGAAGCGCAUGAAGAAGAAGAGAGAGAGAGGCGGCUAGAAGCCCUUAGGAAACAGGUUGCUGUUGUUGCUCAAUUUGAUCCUUUUAGAAUGAUGUCAGAUACAAUGGCAUCGAAAGCUAGGACAGGUAUUGAAACUGAAGAAUUUAUUCUUCAAAAGCCACUCUUCACAUUGAAUACAUACAGUGAACAGCAGAUAAUUUCUGACCCUAGACUUCGAUUUGAAUUAGCACUUCGAGAAGCUGGACUUCAUAAAACAUUGUAUGCCAAAGAAAUAUUACCAAAAAUCAGCCCUCAAAAACCUCCAAGAAAGGAUAUGGAGUCUACUGUAUUUAAAAUCUAGAGCUUAUCCUCAAAUCCUCAUAUAGAUAAACAAUAUUUUUCUUUGAAAGCAUUUAUAUGAAUAACAGUAAUUACUGCUUUCUAAAAUUUUUUAAAAUAUCAGACAUGGAAUUCAUGGCAUCUAUUAAAACAAUUUUGCCUUUCUUUUAUGAUUCUUAGAAUUUUAUGCACUAUUUGUUAUAUCUUUAAGUUAUAUUUGAUAGUACCAAAUUUCCAAAAAUUAUGAAACUUGAUUAUGGCACAUAUGAUACAUAUACUAUCAUUUAGUAAACUGAACGUUGGAGGUUCUGGUAUCCCAUGAAAAGAGCUCAAAAUAACCACUUUUUAGAAUUAUGAAUUAUGUAGCUGCUAUCUGCUAGUGUUCAUUUCUGCAUGUUAUUUCAGAAUUUGACUUUUUAACUAUGGAAGCUUCAUUAUCAUUAAUAUUUCUAUUAUUUCUUGAUUAUUAUAAGAGGAGACUGAACCUUUCUCUAAAUUUAGAAACCAAUUUGGUACACCAUGUUUACUGCAAACCAAUCAUCCAAACAAUUUCAUUUUGCAAAUUAGCCCUUAAGAACAAAUUAGAAAUUAGAAAUAGCAUUUCAAGCAUGGGAAUAACUAUUUGGGUUUGGAAAAAAAUAUAUUUGCAUGGUUGUUAGGAAGAAAUAUUUGAAUACUUUGAACACUGUCAAAAGUUCCAAAUUAUCUGUUAAGUAUCUAGAUGAUUUUAUAGAAAGAAACAUUUCAAAUAAAAGUCAAUCAUAAAUUUUU